AUGGCCCGACCCAUGGGGGCCUCCGCUGCACCCAGCCCCUGCUUCCGAGCCCCUUGCUUCUGGGAAGUGGCCACUGUGCCUGCCCUGGUCUGUGCUCCCGCUGCCCCCGCGGCCGCUGCUUCUUCCGGGGCAGGGAGGCGCCCUGGCCCGGCUGGCCGGCCGCUGCGCGAGGUCGGGCUCGCGUGCUGCCUGCUUAUCGCCCAUCGGCCGUGCAACCAGGCGCCCGGCAGUCGGCACAGCUGCGUGUUCGUGGCCGGCGCGUGCACCGUGCAGCUGCCGCCCCAGGAGGUGCUGGUGCCCUCCGACAGCUUCAACGUCACCCUCCAUCGCCUCGUGUCGGGGCAGGAGCAGGUCAGCCUGGUGGACCCGCAGUUCCUGCCCCGGAGGCACGUGAAGCUGGACCCGCCCUCUCACCUGCAAAGCAACGUCAGCGCUGGCCGCUGUGUCCUGAGCUGGGGGGUGGACCCCGUCCUGCGGCCGCUGACCUCGCUCCUCAGCUACGAGCUGGCCUUCAAGCGGCGGGAGGCGGCCUGGGAGCAGGCCCGGCACAAGGCCCACAUCCUCGGGGUGACCUGGCUCACCCUGGAGGCCGCUGAGCUGGAGCCCGGGGCCACCUACGAGGCCCGGCUGCGCGUCCAGAUGGCCCCGCCGGAGCCCGACGAGGACGGGGAGGAGCCGCGCUACUGGGGCCAGUGGAGCGAGUGGAGCCGGCCAGUGCGCUUCCCCGCGCCGCCCAGGCCAGGUGGGUGGCGGCCUCCGGGGGCGCGGCCCGACGGUGCCCUUGUUCCCGUGUCCAUCCUCCUGAUGACCAGCCUGGCCUACCUGCUGCUCAAGCUGUUGCCCAGGGUGAAGAAAGCCCUGUACCAGAACGUGCCCUCGCCCGCAGCCUUCUUCCAGCCGCUCUACAGCCGGCACGGUGGGGACUUCCAGACCUGGGCAGGGGGCGCACGCCUGCAGCCGCAGGACAGCGACACUGUGGGGCCCGGCACCCUGGAGGCCAUCGCGACCCUCACCUGCCGCCCGGGGCGCCCCUGGUGGCCAGUGGGCCUGCAAGAAGAGGGCACUGUGCUGCCGGAGGGGCGCCCGGAGGGGCCAGAGCUGCCCACCGCCUACCUGCCCCAGGAGGCCUGGAGCCCUGCAGACCCUGCCGGGCCGGUGCGGGAGGCCGGGGGCAGCGAUUACUGCACCCUGAGCUGCUGCGGGGCUGAGCACCCCUCAGCCCCCCGGGGACACACGGGGGCCUCUGCGCCCAUCCUGGCAGUGGACAGCCAGCUUCCCGGCAACUCGGGGGAUGCCUGGCAGGGAGGCAUCUGCCUAGGGGCCAGUGGCGGCCCUGGGGGAGCCCCCCGGCCUUCGCAGCCCUGA